CUCAGUUAGUUAUAUCAUAUAUUAGAAAUCUUUAGAGUUUUCAGAAUUGCUCUGAUUAAUACAAAACAAGAGCAAAAUCUAUUAUUUAACAGUGGUCAUUGUGUUAUAUAAAUGCUUAGUACUAAAGCAGUUUUUGUGGAAGAAAAAUUGGAAAUGCAAAAGAUGGGAUGUUUUUAUCUUACAGCUUUUCUUUUUGUACUAGUAAACUUGUCGGAAUCUUCUCCGUUGAUUAUGAUGACUUCAGAUGUUAAUGAGGUCUCCGGAAAGUCUUUUGAUUAUAUCGUAGUUGGGGGUGGCACCGCAGGUUGUUCCCUGGCGGCAACUCUUUCGGAGAAAUUCUCUGUUCUUUUGAUCGAACGAGGUGGCUCUCCUUAUGACAUUCCGUUGCUAUUGCAUAAGAGGUACUUCUUUUUCCCUGCUCUUCAAAUUGGUGAUCGGUUUUCGUCGGUGGCUCAAAGCUUUGUCUCUCGAGAUGGCGUUCCAAAUAUCAGAGGGCAUGUGCUCGGCGGAACUUCGGUGAUAAAUGCCGGCUUCUAUAGCAGAGCUACUGAUGAUUAUGUUCACAGAGUCGGGUGGGAUGAACAACUGGUGAAACAGGCUUAUGAGUGGGCCGAAUCAAAAAUCGCCUUCAAAUUACCUGAACUUGCCCCUUGGCAAUCUGUCUUUAAAUUUGGUCUGCUCGAAGCUGGAGUUCUUCCAUUCAAUGGAUUUAGUUUGGAACAUAUUGAGGGAACAAAAAUUGGAGCGACUAUCUAUGAUGAAUAUGGAAUAAGACACCCCUCGUCCGAUCUUCUCGUAGCGGGAAAUCCAAAAAAUAUUAUGAUUCUGUUGAAUGCAACCGUAAAGAGUAUCAUUUUCGAUGGAACUGAUAAUGAGAGGACAGCUCGUGGCAUUCGGUUCAUCAAGAGUGGUAGCAAGACUGAUCAAAUUUAUGAAGCUUACAUAAAUCAACGACACGAAUCAAGUUCGCGGGGAGAUGUUAUAUUAUGCGCAGGAGCAUUAGGAAGUCCCCAGAUACUAAUGUUAAGUGGCAUCGGACCAAAAAAGCAUCUUCAGAAUUUCAAUAUUCCUCUUGUGCUACACCUGAAAGGAGUUGGCCGACUAAUGCAAGACAAUCCGGCUAUCUUCUUUCGAGGAGAAAACAAAACAAACUAUCGGCCAACCGAGCCACCUCAAGUAGUAGGUAUUGCAGAAGACUUCAAAUUCAUUGUUGAAGGCAUCAUCGAACCAAGAGGCUUUAAUGCAGCAGGUACCCUUCUUGCCAUCAAGCUUGCAAUUCCACAAUCCACGGGAUGGCUAAAAUUGAACAACACAGAUCCUCGACAAAAUCCUAUAGUAAAAUUCAAUUAUUUUUCAAAGGAAAAGGACUUAGAAAACUGUGCAAAGAUGGUUCAAUUGCUGCGAAAGGUAUCAAGGUCUAAAUCCGUUGUUACGUUCCUCAGGAAUGAACUUCAGAAUAAUUUGACAGGUUCCAUGAGCUCUGAUAGCCCGAGAAAUUUCUGCAAAAACAAUGUAAUGACAUUUUACCACUAUCAUGGAGGUUGUACGGUUGGAUCGGUUGUUGAUAAAGAUUACAAAGUGUAUGGAGUAAAGAAUUUGAGAGUUGUAGAUGGAUCAACUUUUUUAGAAACACCAGGAACAAAUCCAAUGGCUACUCUAUUAAUGCUAGGAAGGUACCAGGGCAGCAAAAUCCUAAGAGGCAGGGAGAAAGAAUUCAGCAAUUAAUUGUCACAAACAACUAUACUUGUACUAUGAGGGACAUAAUUCAGCAUAGGCAAUUAUCUUAUUAUA